AUGGCUAACACCUACAAGCCAAAGAACAUUCUCAUCACUGGAGCAGCAGGCUUCAUUGCAUCCCAUGUCUGCAACAGGAUAGUCCGCAACUACCCUGACUACAAAAUUGUUGUCCUUGACAAGCUUGAUUACUGUUCAAAUUUGAAGAACCUCAUUCCCUCACGAUCAUCUCCAAAUUUCAAGUUCAUCAAGGGAGACAUUGGUAGUGCUGACUUGGUCAACUAUAUUCUCCUCACUGAGUCUAUUGACACCAUCAUGCAUUUUGCAGCACAGACCCAUGUUGAUAACUCCUUUGGCAACAGUUUUGAGUUCACCCAGAACAACAUUUAUGGCACACAUGUGCUGUUGGAGGCUUGCAAAGUCUCUGGUGGCCAAGUGAAGAGGUUCAUUCAUGUGAGCACUGAUGAGGUUUAUGGGGAGACAGAUGAGGAUGCAGUGGUGGGAAACCAUGAGGCUUCUCAGUUGUUACCUACCAAUCCAUAUUCUGCCACAAAAGCUGGUGCUGAAAUGCUUGUCAUGGCAUAUGGUAGGUCAUAUGGCUUGCCUGUUAUAACCACAAGAGGAAACAAUGUUUAUGGGCCUAAUCAGUUUCCUGAGAAGUUGAUUCCAAAGUUCUUGCUCCUGGCUAUGAAAGGAAGGAUUCUUCCAAUUCAUGGGGAUGGGUCUAAUGUUAGGAGUUAUCUCUAUUGUGAGGAUGUGGCUGAGGCUUUUGAGAUCAUUCUCCAUAGGGGUGAGGUAGGGCAUGUUUAUAACGUAGGGACAAAGAAAGAGAGGAGGGUGAUUGAUGUGGCAAGGGACAUAUGCAAGCUUUUCAAUUUGGAUCCUGAUACACAUGUCAAGUUUGUGGAGAAUAGGCCUUUCAAUGAUCAGAGGUACUUCUUGGAUGAUGAGAAGCUGAAGAAUUUGGGAUGGUCUGAGAGCACUAUUUGGGAAGAGGGGCUAAGGAAAACCUUGGAUUGGUAUGUAAAGAAUCCUGAUUGGUGGGGUGAUGUUUCUGGUGCUUUGCUUCCUCAUCCAAGAAUGCUCACUAUGCCAGGUGUUGAGAAGUACUAUGAUAACACAGAUAUCACCAAAAAUGCUUCCAAUGUUGACUCAAACCAUGCUAACGAGACCAAAAUAGUGGUUCCAACUAUAAGGAACGUGUCACCACCAAAACCAUCUUUGAAGUUCUUGAUAUAUGGUGGUGCAGGAUGGAUUGGGGGCCUUGUUGGAAACAUUUGUCAGAAGCAAGGGAUACCCUUUGAAUAUGGCAAAGCACGCUUAGAUGAUGUAUCACAAAUCAAGGUUGACAUAAGGACCAGUAAACCAACUCAUAUUUUCAAUGCUUCUGGGGUGACUGGAGCAUUAAAUGUAAACUGGUUUGAAGCUCAUAAACCAGAAACCAUACGUACAAAUGUUAUUAGUGUGUUAACAUUGGCAAAUGUUUGCCAAGAGCUUGGCCUCCCUAUGAUGAAUUAUGCCUUUGUUGGUAACUUGGAAGACAUGAAAAAUUCCACUGAUUCUUUCUAUUUUAGAACACAAACCAAGGUUGAAGAGUUCCUAAAGGAAUAUGACAAUGUGUGCACCCUAAGAAUCCAGUUGCCAGUGUCAUCUGAUCUCAGCAACCCACAUAACUUCAUCACAAAGAUAACAAGGUCUGACAAAGUGGCCAACAUUCCAAACAGCGUCACUGUUUUGGACGAACUUGUACCCAUUUCAAUUGAGAUGGCCAAGAGGGAUUGCAGGGGCAUUUGGAACUUCACAAACCCUGGGAUUGUGACCUGCAAUGAGAUUCUUGAGAUGUACAAGGAUUAUAUUGACCCUAGUUUUAAAUGGGUUAAUUUUACACUUGAAAAACAGGGUCAAUUCCCUUCUCCAAGCACUAAUGAAAUGGAUGCAUCACAACUGAAGAAGGAAUUUCCUCAGCUAUUGCCUGUUAAGGACUCAUUGCUCAAAUAUGUCUUUGAGCCAAAAAAGAAAAGUCUGGGUUAUUGA